AUGCCCUUAGAUGUUCUGGACCGCGCGCGCUAUCCUGGAAUCUCUAGUAAGCAUGAAUUAUCAGCUCACAUUGAUUACGUUCCCGCCCUUUGUGCGCACCCGUCGCUACUACCGAUUGAAGGGCUUAGUGAGACCCUCUUAUCAACAGAUGGAAACCUUCACGAAUACUGUCUGUUGAAAAGUUGGUCAAACUUUGGUCAUUUAGAGGAAGUAAAAGUCGUAACAAGGUUUCCGUAG